AUGGGGCAAACCCUCUCGGAGCCAGUGACUGAGAAACAGUCAUCAACAUGUCAAGACUCGAGAUAUCUCGUGGGAUCGUCCUGCAUGCAAGGCUGGCGAGUUUCCAUGGACGACUCGCACACACAGAUACUGUCACUGCCUGACGAUCCUGGUACAGCGUUCUUUGCUGUGUAUGAUGGACAUGGAGGUUCAAACAUAGCUGAAUAUGCUGGGAAGCAUCUGCAUAAAUUCAUAAUGGCCAGACCCGAAUAUCACCUUGGAAACAUUGAGGAAGCUUUAAAACAGGGUUUUCUGGAUCUCGACCAAGCAAUGCUUGAAGAAGAUAUGCAAGAGAAGGUGGCCGGCAGCACCGCGGUGGUAGUUCUUAUUAAAGAUAACACGUUGUACUGUGCUAAUGUUGGUGAUUCCCGUGCUAUAGCCAGUGUUCGGGGUGCAGUGGAUGUUUUGUCAUAUGACCAUAAACCAUACAAUGAAGAGGAGUUACGUAGGAUCACAGCCGGUGGUGGUUGGGUACAGUUGAACCGUGUUAAUGGAAAUCUGGCUCUGUCCCGGGCCUUAGGUGAUUACAUCUUUAAAAGGAACUAUAGAUUGUCGCCCAGGGAUCAAAUUGUGACAGCGUAUCCAGAUGUUCAAGUUAGGGAACUCAAUGAUGAUUGGGAGUUUAUUGUCAUUGCUUGCGAUGGAAUUUGGGAGGUGUUAUCCAACGAGGAUGUGUUAUCAUUCUGCCGAGUGAGGUUACUAAGCGGAUGGGAACCGGCUGCCGUGUGUGAAGCUCUGAUGCAACUCUGCCUUGCUCCGAACUGUGCCACUGGGGGUCUGGGUUGUGACAAUAUGACGGUUGUUAUUGUUUGCUUGUCGCCGUUCCCGAGGCCUGAGAUGGUGAAACCCCUACCAGAAGAGCAGAUGCUGAAUAACAAAUUUAUGACUAAAAUGGAAGAUUUGCUUUACGUUGAGGACGAAGAGGAAGAUUUAAAGUGAAGUAAAUUGGGGAACUAAUUUUAAUGUUUGUAAAUAGGCUGUAGAUUGAAUGUAUACAUUUUAAGAGCGACGUGAAUAUAGGUUUCGUAUUAUAAUUGAAAUAUGACAGUAGGGUUUGUACUUUGUAGUGUCUGUGAUCUGUCAUUGGGGCGCUUGCGAUGCUUGUGGUGUUGCAGGCAUCUUUUGGGUACGGUAUAGUCCCGUCAGGUGGGCCGUAAGCUUGUUUGCUGACCUAGUCGUAUAAAUAAAAAAAAAAAAAAAACUAUUGAUAAAUGAUGAAUAUUGCAUCUGUCAAAAAAGGCGGGAUUUGAACUACGAAUUCAAAACUUAAAAAAGAAUAUAUUUAAUAAAUGUUGCUCGUAUGUAUGUAUAGCGUAUUAAAUAAUUACUUUUUAAGUACACAUUAUAAAGUAAGUACAAUUUUUAUCAUUAUUGAUUGAUAUUUAGAUAAUGUGUUUUUGACAAUAUGUAGGUUUAAUUUUUUUUAGUGUAUGAUCAAUUAAUUAUACCUAUAGGUACUUCAUAAUUCAUAACAUUAUUUUUUUGGCUUUUUAGUAAUUUAGUCAUUUGUUUUAUUUUGGUGACUUUUAGUUCUCAAAAAUAAGUUCAGUAAUUAAUAGCAGCUACUGCACCAAAAUCGUGAGCGUAUCAGUUAAGUACUUUAUUAAAAAAAAUUCCAUCACAAAAUAUUUACAAAAUUAUUUACUGAGGUAGCUUUUGAAAUUGACUGAGUAUGUUUGGACUUUAGUUAACAAGUGGGUUGCUUCAAUUAAAUUAUUAACCUUUGUCUCGAUAUUUCACCAAUUAUGUGAUUAUUAUUAUUUUUUUUUUUGUUAUAUAGGCAAUAGGAAUAUUUUUGACUUGUUCGCAACUCGGCUAAAUUGACUAGCUAAGUCAAGUGCUAAUUAGAUAUAACACUAUGGAAAAAAUCUCAGAAACUUCAUAAAAAUAUGUAUAAAUGCAGAGUAAAUUCUUAUACCGAGUUAUGAGAGGCUAUGAAAUCUAUGAGAAUUUAGUCUGCAUUUGUACCAUUUUUUAUGAGUCUUAUGAUAACAUUUCCAUAGGUAAUAAUUGUUCAAUUUUUUUUUGUUAAAUGUUAUAUGUUAUAGGCAUAAAGGAAUUAAAAUAUUUUGAUAUGUAAUAAAAGGUUUCAUAGCUUUGUAGUAUAUUUGGAUUUUAAAAAUAUAAUUUAGUAAAUUGAAAUGAAUGUUGUAAAAACAACAAUUUCUGUAGGUCCGUCCAUAUCAUUUGCAAAAAUAUUAUAAAUGACGUUUGUCUGUAUUUUUAUGUAAUUUAUAGAUUGCAUUUAUAAAAAGCAAUAAUGAAACAUAAUAUUUUUUGUUGCUAGUUGUAAAUUUCGUAGCGUCUUUGUGCCUAUAUCGUUGUUAUGGCAAUAUUAAUAUUAUUUGCAAAAAUAUUAUAAAUGACGUUUGUCUCUAUUUUUAUGUAAUUUAUAGAUUGCGUUUAUAAAAAGCAAUGAUGAAAAAUUAUAUUUUUUGUUGCUAGUUGUAAAUUUCGUAGCAUCUUUUUGCCUAUAUUGUUGUUAUGGCAAUAUUAAUAUUAUUUAUUUAAAGAUUUUAUAUUUUGCCAAAAAAAAGAGUUGGAAUAUACAAAAAGUUGUUUCAGAAAUUUCAAAACAAAGGUAUUGUAAAGCAUUUGUUUUUGUUUAUAAAAAUGAGAUACGGAUACGGAUUGAUACGGAUGAAGAUACGGAUGUUUCGUAAAAUAUGUGUGGGUGUAUGAAUGUAUGAUGUAAUGAAAAGACUAUUAUAAUAGCCAUAAAUAUACCAUAAGAUGAUGAGAUAUAAUGGUCAACAUUUGCUAUAUAAAAAUGACGAGUUUAAAUAUAUUUUCGAACGCGUCUAGACAUUUAUUAUGCAAGAAGAGGCCAUUUUAAAUCUAGUUUUGAAAAAUUUGUGUGCCAUUAUUUUCAUUAGUUUAUUUUGUGGAUAGUUUUGUAAAUGUUGUAUAAUAUUAUUAUUAAAAAAUAAAUACAUUUUUAUAUA